AUACAGCCCGCUCCAUAGACAUUGACAGGUCACUACCCAUCAUCCCUAGCGCGCCAAGAUGGCGGCCUCCAUGCUCACACACUCAAUGUCUGCGGCCGGUUUGCCCUGUGCCCGGACAAGCGGCCUCCGGUGCCUGAGUAUCAGCGCCCCCCGCAGCAGGAGGAAGGAUGUGCAGCCCCGGCAGAGGAAGGAACCCAUGGAGAUCCCGGGGCUGGAGCGCAUCACCUAUGCCGACCGCUGUUACUAUGUCCCCUGGCUGGCGCGGCCCCAGUUUCCCCGCUUCGAGAUGAACUGGAACCCGCAGUAUUACCGCUGCCCGCCAGCCCAGGAGAUGGCGCUGUAUAAGGAGCAGCCCUCCUAUGUCUUCAACCCCAAGUGCCGGCUGCUGGGAGGUGUGAAGCAGGCACUAUGGCUGACAAAGUCCAAGUUAAUUGAAGGAUUACCUCAGAGGAUCUUGAAACUAUGUGAAGACCCGGCCUAUACAUUCCCCAAUCAUGAAGAGCUGGUGCACAAUGCUAUUUCCAGUGCCUGCCUAUGGAGCACCACCGAAGAAAUAAGAGAGAGAGAGGAGUACUGUCCAAAGCUGCUGGAAAGCCUCCUCCAUUUGUGCCGAACACAACACUGUACAUAUCCCUCGCUGUCACAGAGGACAUUUGUGGAGAACUGGAAACUGGCAACUUCCUGGCAUAAGGACUCUACUAUUUACCAUAUAAGAGGUACUAAUGGUUCUCUGAUUUGCGCCAAGACCCCACUAGAACCUCUGGCUUCCUCCAGUGAAAUCCAAGCCACUGAGCCGCAUGUUCUGGAAUCCCUCCAUCCACUGUCGCCUGCUAUUGAUCUACAAGAAGUAAAUGUGUAUGAGGAAAAAAACGAUAUAGGUUUUAAGGAUGGGUUCCCGUAUCCCAACCUCCAUACUGUUUACCUCACUGAACCCUGUAGCACCAGAGCAAAGUUCAGUCCGGACCAGCUGAGGGCUAAAAUGAUUAUGAUAGCCUUUGGGGGCGCCGUAGCUAAAGCCCGAAUCCUCUUUGGGGAGGAUGUGAAGACUUUGCCCCAACCAGUUGUAGUGCAGAGCGUUGGCACUGACGGGCAGCUGUUCCAUUUCAUGGUGCUGCAGCUGAACACAUUGGAUUUCCAAUCGAAUGACGGCAUCAAGAACCUUGUCUGGAUGGAUGGAGACCAAGCACUAUACGAUACGGUGGCCUGCAAGCCAAAAAUUAAGAGGAAAGUGGUUUUGAUACCCGCCGGCAUCGCUGGUUUCAAGCCAGAAACCUUUGUGAAGUUUUGGGCAAUGUACCUGAAUGGCGCAGUCUAAUGAACUAGUAAAAUACAUGUAUAUAAACAACUUAUUGAAUAAACCAGAAUAUUU